AUGGAUACAGACGAUGUUAAACCUGGUUAUGCUCAGCUAAAAUUAGAUUAUAGCAGACGACAGAGUAUUUUAAAACAAUGUGAAGAACAAAAUGGUAAACUCUAUCUUUCGAGUUUAUUAUAUAAACAACUGUUAUUACGCAAGGAACAUAAUAAUUCAGGUUCGAUUCAUGGACCCUGUAUAACUGACCCUUCAGGAAAUUUUGACAAUGCUCAUUGUUUACAUUGUAAAACGUGGGAAUCUCCUGCAGAACAGUGGAUCUCACGAUCAAAUAACUCAUGGCCGAGUUCUAAUGUCACACAAAGUAUCAUAAAACACGGAGUACUUUUCGUACCGAUCGGAGUUAAGGGCUCACCAAAAGAAGAUCUUGAAUGGCGAAUAUCUUUUUCAGUUGGUGAAAAAUUUCUAAUUAAUACCUUCACACACACUCAACUAUUGUGCUAUGCUCUCUUGAAAAUUAUUUUGAAAGAUGUAAUAGCUACUUUCUCCGAAUGUAAAGAUUUACUUUGUUCUUACUUCCUGAAAACAAUUGUGUUUUGGAUAUCUGAAGAAGUGCCACAAUCCGUAUGGAAACCGAAAUAUCUUAUUUCUUGUUUUAUGCGAUGUUUUAGCAGGCUGGUUUAUUGUGUUGAGCACUCAGUUUGCCCACAUUACUUCAUUCCAGAGAACAACACGUUCGAGAACAAAAUUGUAGGUCGUCCUCGUGAAGUACUUUUAGAAAAUUUAUAUAUGUUGCAUUGUCAUAAUUGGCGAUGCAUCUUAUUUUCAGAUCAAAUAUCUAAGUAUGAUUUAUUUUCUUGCAAUUUUCCCAUUGAAGCACAUGCACUAUAUGCAAAAGAAGUGGAAAGAAUACUUUCAUCCCUGUUAUGGUAUAUGGCAGAUAUUACCUUAAUAUAUACGCCAUCGGAAAUAAUCAAUAUAAGGAUGAAGCAGACAUAUUUUUGUCAGCAGUCUUCCGGACCUUCUAUUAAAGACGUAUGUAAAUUCUACGUAUCAAAGUGGUGUCAACAACAUGCCCAAUAUGUGCCCCUUAUUUGUUAUAACAAAUUCCAAUACCAACAGUACAAAUUAUGUCUAAGUACUGUCAUAAAUAAUAUCUAUCAUGACGCUGCGUCUGGAUGGCUGAUGAUUGCUUCUCUUUUCUAUAAGACAAAACAGUACAGUAAAGCCUUAUACAUCGUCAGUUAUUCCUUAUGGAAAUGUACUCCCGAAAAAUUCUGCCAGAUGAUGAUGUUUUCGGAUAUUCAUUACCAGUUGCUAAAACUACAAACAUUCCAGAAAAAAAGUUUGAUUUGUUUACUGAAAAUAUUGGUAGUGGACGAUAUAAAAUUUAAGAUUAAUUCUACGUUGAUACCAGAUGAACUUCAAAUGACCGAAAUGGAUACAUCGUGGACAUUUCCAUCUACAGUGUAUGCUUACAUCCUUAAUUUCCUUUGUUAUUAUCAUCUCAAUGAUGUCAGACAAAGUCAAGAUUCCCUCCAUGCUUUACAACUGGUUAUAAGGGAACUUUAUGUUGUGAGAUCUAACAAAUCCGCAGCAGGAGCUUAUAAUUUCUUAGGCGUCGCUCUACAGUUAUUAGGCGAUACGGAAUACGCCAGACACGUAUUUUUACAAUCAGUUAAACUAUUCCUUUCCGAUUCUCACAAUUCAGCUGUAAAGAGACUUUUAUUGCUAGGUUAA